AUGUCCUUCGCAACAGAGUUUCACGUGCCCGGCGCAUACCACUUCGAUACAACGGCCAGACCGCAUCCUGCACUAAGCGCUGGCAUUUUCCUACCGCCCAUAUCGCCUUCAGCCUCUAGCUACAACCUAGCUAAGUCCACCGGUAGCCUCUAUUCCGACGUUUCAAUGUCAACGACGCCCGGUAACAAUACGGUGAAACGGAAGCGUGUGACUACGCGGGAGUCCACCCCGGUGGAGUGGAACAUGAACAUGGAUGGCUCCAAUGACGGAAAGGAGGAGGAGAAGUCGGUGUCUGCUGGUCGACAGGUCAGAUAUACUCUGGCAGGCCAGCUGAAUGCUACUCCCCUGGGAGCUCCAAAUGGAGCCGAGAAUGGCCUGUUGGAAGACAGUGUGUACUCGGACAUUGACUACAGGAGAGCCUUGGGCCCGAACCGAGAUCGCGACGAGAUCGAAUCGCCCUCCAUUCGACUCGCCGGCAGGCACUUCAAUCCCGAGGAACCCGAGACGUCCAGCUCGCCAGGAUGGAGCGCCCUCGCCUUCCAUACCAUAGGGGAUGUGAUGGGCAAAGUGUGGGAGUUUUGCAAGACCGGAGCGUUUCGGGGAUUUCACGCCGGAGGGGGCGAGGGAUACGAAUUCAGCGGCUCGACAGUGGCUUCGCAGACCGGCAAGCCUUGGGGGGACGGGAACAGCAUGUCGACGCCCCAGACCGAUCCGACUCUCACGGACCAUUACCAAGAAAGCAUACCCGGACAGUUUCCCCAGCCGAGUAUGGCAUCGUAUUCUCCCGAACACCACGAAAAGGCCACAACACUCGAGUCGGCGCCCAGGCCCGCUGUCAAGCGCAGACAGGUUAGCGCGAACGACGAGCUGCGGAAAAACUGGGUCAUGGUCGACGAGCCACGCGACCAGAAAGCGCGCGCAUUUGGCGCCGAGGUCUCCAAAGCACCACUGAGACCCGCCGCAUCACACAAUCACCGGAGCUCGGGGUCGGGGUACUACAUGCAGACGGCAGCUAGCACCAGCCGGCGCAUCAGCGUACCUACUUCGAGGAUCAGCAGCGGGUCCGGCGGCACGAUAGGCACGCUCCCUCGGAACAGCCGCACAUCGCUCCGGAUAUCGCACGCGGGAUCGCCUAGUCUCACAGCUCGCGCGCCCGCAAGUUACGCACAGCCAAGGUCCCCCGUCUCUCGGUCGUCACCCAGCCGGAUACCCGUGCCGGCCGCGCCGGGCGGACUGACACUCAAGACGAGCUACUCUCAGAGCAGCGCGUCGGCCGCGUCUACGGGGCGCCGCAGCAGAGCGCCCGUGGACAAGCUCGAUCCCCAGGACAUCGAGGCGAGUCCGCGACUCGACGCCGAAGCGAAGCACCUGGCACAAAAGAAGCUGGCGGUUGAGCGGGAGACGGAUGCACGCGUCGACGCCUUCAACGCCCGAUUACUCAACAUGAUCAGACAAGGAAAGGAAGCGCUCGGGACGACGGUAGAGGUCCUCGGCGAUGACGACGGCGGCGGCGGCGCGGAUGGUCGAGUGGGCUGGGAGGAUGACGAUGACGAUGACUGA